AUACUCCUUUAAGAUAUCACGUGACGUGGUUACGUCAGGUUAUCGAUAAGCGUUACGUCAGAGGGAACAGAAAAAGAACAAAAUGGAGGAAUAUGCCAGAGAACCAUGCCCUUGGAGGAUUGUAGACGACUGUGGGGGAGCCUUCACCAUGGGAGCUAUUGGAGGAGGAAUAUUCCAGGCAGUAAAAGGCUUCAGAAAUGCACCCUCAGGGAUGAGCCACAGAAUGAGAGGUAGCAUGACUGCCAUCAAGACCAGAGCCCCACAGCUUGGAGGUAGCUUUGCAGUAUGGGGAGGCCUCUUCUCCAUGAUCGACUGUGGUUUAGUAAAAGUGCGAGGGAAGGAAGAUCCCUGGAACUCAAUAACAAGUGGGGCCAUGACAGGAGCUAUCCUCGCUGCAAGAAAUGGACCAGUAGCCAUGGUAGGAUCUGCAGCCAUGGGAGGUAUUCUGCUGGCGUUGAUAGAGGGCGCUGGAAUCCUGCUUACUAGGUUUGCCUCUUCACAGUUCCCAACUGGGCCUCAGUUUGCAGAGGAACCUACCCCUGCUCCCAUGCCCACCCCUUCCUUUGGAGACUACAGACAAUAUCAGUGAGAGGACUCCCCAUUUCGUUGUCCACUAGGCCUUUUUGAAUUCCUUGCUGAAGUUACAGAGAAGAAAUGGGGAUGCAAAAUAAAACCCAUCAAACCAUAGAAACUGCACCCGAUUUUAUGGACUGUGUCAGAGAAGUGAAGGACAAAAUACAUCUUCAUUUUCCUUCUCUCAAGAGCCAUGUACAGAUCUGCCUUUUGCCAUUCUCAGCCUUGUCAUGAGCAUCUGUUUCACCUAACAUUUGUUAACUACAGAGAUGUGGUGGGAUUUAUUGUUUGAUAAUUGUGGGUGUGUGGGGAUGGCAUGUGUUUUUCUAUUUUGUUCAAAAUAUAUACUGCAUGUAGCCCAACAAGCGGGGGAGUUCAGGACAGAAAAGCUCUGGAUAGUGUUGAAUCUUGCAAAAACACAUCACACAUGGAACAUAAUAAAUUAUACUUAUAUAUAGGUUUGAUACUUAUGUAUAUAUACAGUAAAAUCUUUCUGCUUGUA